AAAGCAAAAACUAGCGUAGCAACAACCACUGUCACAACCGAAAUAUCAACGACUAUCGAAUCGUCUUUCUUGCACGAAGCACGCAACACACGAACGAAACGAAACGAAUUCAUCGCACUACACAGCAACGGCUAACGGCGGCCAUUGUGAUUUGCCGACGACAGAAGAAGACAAAAGGACGUACGCACUGGUCAAAAAGGAAAUUCAAGCCGUAUUGUAAUAAAAUUUCAACAAGAAAAAUCUAGUUAUUUCGUUUUCUUGUUGUGGUAAUGUUUUUGUAACGGUUUAUAAUGCAUUAAUUGUUUGUGAUUGCAAUAUUUAUGAACUUGUUAACGGCAUGGAAAGUGUGUCUACUAAGUUUUGAAGAAAUUUAGGGAAGGGCAAGUACGGGUGGCAAGUAAAAGUCGUCGUCGUUCCAUGCAAAAGCCAUUGGUGACGUGAAAUCGUGUACAUAUUUGGGUGAAUUCGACAAGAAAAAAAUUCGGAGUAUUGCUCAAUAAGUGUCCAACGAGUGCAGCAGCCUCCGCACCUAAACACUUGCCAAGCCUUAUCAGCUCGCGCACAUUAGUACGCACAAAUCACAAUGGAACGAAAAAAGGUGCUUGAGCUGGACAAGAUCUGUCGCGUGUGUAUAGCAGAGCGUAAGGACAUGCGUCCAUUAUUUAGCGAAAAGAUCGCCGAGAUGUUAAUGGAAUGUGCCACAGUUAACAUUGAAAAUACCGAAGGUUGGCCGGAUAAAAUUUGCAUUCAAUGCGUCCAUGCUGUAUCACGUUGUCAUGCAUUCAAAAAGCAGGUUGAACGCAGCGACAAGGAGUUGAGGGAGUAUAUCAAAAGCUUAACGGUGCGUGUGGUUAUAGAAGAACCGAAUGAAGUAAAGAUCGACCAGUCAGCGCAGACGAAAAUUUUGUCACAGAAACCACCCAAACUACAGUUGAUACAGCCACAAGCUCAAUUUCAGUUGCAGACACAACAUAAUCAUAUGCAGUUACAACAGCAACAACAACAACAGCUCAUUUUGCAACAACAGCAGCAGCAGCAGCAGCAGCAGCAAAAUCAACAACCACAACAGAUGCAGCAAGUACAGCAUUUGCCGUUGCAACAACAGCAACCUGCCAAACGUAAGACCACUAGCGCGUCACGCAAAACACAGCGUCAAUCAAAGAAACCGCAUUUAUUGCCGCAACCUAUGCAGCAACAACAGCAUCAACAAACUCUCGAACAAGUGUCAUUACAAACAAUGGUGCCAAAUGCUACACCUUCGCGCACACAAGCGCAACCAGCAACACAACAUCUGCAAGCAACAUUACAAACGCAGCCACAACCACAGCAGCUAAUUUCCACAACCGCCUUGCCACAGCAAAUUGUGCUACCAAACGGACAAAUAAUUACCACCGCGCAGAUUGUCACCCACGCCGGACCGCCACAGAUUGCACAGAUUAUUAGCACUGCGAACGGUUCGGCCGUGCAGACAAAUCCACCCACCAGCACUGUGACGACACAGCCCCAAUUUACGCCGCAGCUUAUACAAACGACCAGCGGGCAGACGUUACAGCUGAUACAGCAGCCAAAUGGUCAGCAAACAUUGCAAUUGGUGCAAGUUAUGCCACAACGCACUAUUGCCACAACAAAUGGUGGCAGCGUAAUGGUUACCACAGCCGAAGAUGGCACUACGACUAUUGUCGAUGAUGACACUUUAAUCACGCCCGACGAUCAUCACCUUAUCGAAGCAGACGAAGGCGAUCUCGAGGAAGAGGAUGAACAAAUCUGUGAGACCAUAGUUGUAGAGGAUGAUCAGCUAACCCAUCAGCAGUUGCUUAGCGGACAUCAUAAUAUCGUGGACGAAGAUGAUUUGUCACAAGGUGAAACACAAGAACUCGAGUACCUUGAAGAUAUAACUGUGACCACCUCGAAUGCAGGACAUUCGCAUCAUCAGCAACAUCACACACAGCAUUAUCAACAGUUAAGCGACUGCGAUGGUGAUGCUAGUCAGCAGCAUCAUAUGCAGUUGCAUGAUGAAGAUGACAUCAUCGAAGAGAUACACAUGGAAGAGGAGGAGAUGCUCGAGGAUGACGGCGCUGACGUGAUGCAUGUGAUGGAGGCGGAUGGUAACGAAUUUAUAAGUGACGAAGAUGGCAGUCAGCAGCAAUUGGUUGGCGAAAACGGUGAUCCGCUGCAGUACACCGUUAUGGAGGUACCAGACGAUGAGCUUGUUGAAACGGAUGUGAAAGAAGUCAUGCAAGCAGCUUGUGGUCCUGACAUGCACACUGUCGUCGAUUUCAAUCAUACAGUGAGUAGUGUAGGAAGCGGUGGAGAUGGUGGCGCUGGCAGUGGUGCCUCUGUAGGCAGUCAAACACCUACAUCCAAGCGUCAGCGUAAAGCAAAUUCCAAAGCGGUGGCAAAUUCGCGCCAGCUUGUUGCUACGGCCUCCUCUAUAGCGACUUCGGGGUCCGCGGACGAUGUCGAGAUCGAUCCCAAAUUAAUAGCCGAAUUUAUAAGUCAGCAAACCAGUGUACUCGGUUCCGGCCGUCAUGUGUGCAAUUUGUGUCGCCAUGAAUUCAAACAAUUCAAGGCGUUGCAUAAUCAUAUGCAUCAACAUUCGAAUUGGAUACGCGCAAACUGUAAGAAGCAGCCGCAAUGUGAGAUCUGUUACAAGAGUUUCAAAGGACCAGGUAUGCUUAAGAUGCACAUGAAGACCCAUCAGUCAGCGGCGCGCACGCCGACCUGCAAUAUCUGUCUCAAAAGCUUCAAAUCAAAAGCGAUACUCUAUCGCCAUCGGCAGACACAUCAACUGCGCUCUUACGCCUGUGCCGUGGACAAUUGUCGCAAAACAUUCUCUAUGCCACAAACACUGCGAACGCACAGCGACAACAAGCACGCUAACGCAGAUCAGCCGAGGUUCAAAUGUGGCGAGUGUAACAUACAUUUUGACGACGUGGAUGUGUUGCACUCGCACGUGCAAUCGGGGGUGCAUGGUGGCACGAUUACAAUAGAUGGCGGCGGAGGCAGCGAUGGUGCAGGGGGCUCGGCUGGCGGCAGUUUAGAUGGGUCAGGUUGCAUGGAUGGCAGUAUGUCGGGCAAUACGAUAAUUGUUGUUACGCAGGGUUAAUUCCACUGAUGCUAAGCACUACUUGCACCAUUUUUGUAAAUUAAUUUAACUUCCUCCUAUCGCAAAAAAAAUGCUUUCCCAUUGUGCUAGAUUAAGUGUUUGAUUUGUUCAAAACAAAACUAGAAAACAAAAUUAGAUUUAACUAACAUAGGAUUAUUUUUCAUAGCGACUACUACAUUUACCAACUACAUACAAACUUAUGUAUUAAAUAAAACACACAAAAAAAAUGAAGAAAGAAGUUACACGCAUAUUUUUAAAGUAUACAAAAUUUACAGUACACAAUAUUAUUCAUAUGACAAAAAAAAUGCGAAAACUUUAGUAAU